AAUGUUACUAGAACCACAGUUCCUCCUAUCCUUGUAGGGUUAUGCCUUGCGUAGACUUAUCUGCGUAUCUGAGACAGUUUACCACUCACGCGCCUACACCACCGCCACCACUAUAUACGCGUAGACAAAUCUACCGCUGUAUAACAUACGAUAUACUUGUCAUACAAAUAAGAUUAAAUGCAACACAAUAUCCAAUUGUAUGCAGUGCUUCGUUAGCCUACUCGACAAGCCCCUCGCGUCUAUCCAAGUCUAUAUUGUCACGAAUCGCAUUCAACAUAUCCUCCCAGCGCUCCUCCAUUGUCUCAUCAUCAUCAUGCUCGGAUGCAAUAUAAAAGUCCCCCGGAAGAUUGAUUGCGACGGUUCUCAAGGUGACUCCCGAGAUUGCUGCUGCUGCUGCUCUCCUCGCAGAAUACGAAGCUGCCGGAAACACCACUAUAAAUCGUAACAGCACACUUUACUACCGACGCUCGCGUCUGCAGCGUCGCCAAGGCACAUUCUGGAUGGAGCACAUGACUCACAAGGGAACUGUCCCCUGGGGAAACGACUCUGACUACAAGGUCUUCCGCAACGUUCUGGACUAUGGCGCGCGCGGAGACGGCAGUACCGAUGACACAGCUGCAAUCAUCAAAGCAAUGAUGGACGGCAAGCGUUGCGGCGAAAAGUGCAACGGCUCUACCACCAAGAACGCUAUUGUGUACUUCCCUCCGGCACGUACCUGGUUUCAAGAACAAUCCCCGUUGUCUUCGGCACGCAGCUUAUUGGUGAUGCUAACGAGUGGCCUGUAAUUAAGGCUGCAAGCAGCCUCUAUGGUCUUGGUGUACUCUCUACGGAUGAAUAUGUCCCCAAUGGUGGUAUUGGCGUUGACGGUAAAUCCAAAGAAUGGUACAUCAACACGGCCUCGUUCUAUAGACAAAUCCGCAAUAUCAAGAUUGAUAUUCGGGCAACUAUACCUGACGCCUAUGUCUGCGGUAUUCACUAUCAGAUUGCGCAAGCUACCAGUCUGCAGUUUGUGGAAAUCGUGGCGGAUUCAUCCACUACGCAACAGGGUAUCUACUCUGAGAACGGCAGUGGCGGUGUCUUGGCUGAUAUCACGUUCCGCGGCGGUAACUUUGGCUUGUAUGGUGGUAACCAGCAGUUCACGGCGCAAAGAUUGCGCUUUAUUGGUUGUAAUACAGCUGUCCAGGUCAUGUGGGAUUGGGGAUGGAUCUGGAAGUCUAUUUCCAUUCAGGAUUCACAUAUUGGCUUCAAGCUCCUCGUCGAGCAAGGCGGAGGAGGAGGUUCAGACGGCUUUGUUGGAUCUGCUUCCUUUAUGGAUUCCAAGUUUGACAAUGUUGCCACAGCUAUCAUGAUGGGCGUUCCCGAAGACAAGCCUGGCACUGGAACUACCGGUGUCGUGCUGGAGAAUGUGGAGUUCACUAAUGUCAAUGCCGGUAUUGUCGACACGUCUGGCACUACUCGUCUUACAGGCGGAAGUCGCCACAUCGCUUCAUGGGUUGCCGGUCCCUCUACGAGGGCAAAAACCGCACCUUUUCCACAGGCCAAGAUACCAAGCCGUACCAUCGUGAGCCAACCCUGCUUGACUUAUCCAAAGGAGCGGAGACUGCGGCAUACUAUGAACGCCCGAAGCCCCAGUAUCAGAGCAACUUGCCAGGUGACUUUGUCCAUAUCAAGGAUCUCGAUUACCAUUGGCGCGGAAUACUCUCUAGUAUCAGACGGUAAAGGCGUGCUUGCUAGUGACAACGAGGCCGUCCCUGUUCACCCGCGAUGGUCUCAGAUUUCGCUAUACGACGACAAGCCCUCCGGCAAAGGCCAACACAUCUCGCCCGAGAUGGCCACUGUUAUCCCCAUGGCGCACACCACCGUUGCCCCCAAGGCUACCUUUACUGUGAGUGAAGCUGCGGUGAUGGACAUUGUCCAACUGCACUUUGAUGGAAACCAGAACAACGCGCCUGGUCCUGGUGACGACGUCUGUCCUGCUUGUUCCUUCUUCCGCCUCAUCACAUCCACAUGCUGUGGUAUUGGCGGAAGCAUUGGUAAUCCAGUUGUCUUCCCCGCGGAUGUUGCCGUUCCUCUUGAUAUCCCACUGCCCGCAGGCUUCACGCCGCCGCUACCCUUCAAAUCAACAAAGGGCGACAAUGUGCCGGCGGGAAAGCCAUGUUUGACGAGUGCCAAACCGAUUCAACAGAGUUCAAGGAAGGCGGCCUGGCUAUUAGUCCUUGCUUCGAACUAUCUAUGGAGGUUAAUGCCGAAGAAUGGAGCUAGCUGCUUGUUAUUUGUUCUCCCAUUUUCCAUUUAAGGAUAAUCUUGCAUAGCUGGUGGCCUAGCAAGAGCCGGGGGGGAUUGUUGAAAAGGAUCUUCACAUAAUUCUAGGUUUAGAAACAGGAUUACUGCCUUUUGAUUUUAUUUAGUGUAAUAAGACUAUUAGUUGUU